CUUCCUUGUUUGCCCUCGUUGACUGUUUACAUCGUCCAUGGCGGAAGUAUCGCGGCCCAGUGGAGAAGAUCGGAGAAAAUGUACUAUAUAUCCUGGCGAGUUGUCUGAUUGAAGACGUGCUCCUGCAGUCAUGGAUGAAGAGCUGUCACUUUUGGAGUGCCUGCUGCCCUCAGGCAAACAGAAGAUCGGUUUGAUCAUCUUGAAUCAGCCUUUGAAUAAGGAUCACCUUCACAUACUAUGGAGUAAAGCUCUUUUGACGGCAUGUGCUGAUGGUGGUGCCAAUCACCUGUAUAACAUCACCGGAAAGAGUGACAGCUUCUGCCCCGACUAUAUCAGCGGUGAUUUCGAUUCCAUUACUGAAGAAGUCCGAGCUUUCUAUGCUGACAAGGGAUGCCGGUUGAUAGAAACAAGUGACCAGGAUCUUACAGAUUAUACCAAGUGUCUGGUCAUCAUGUUGGAAGAGAUUCAACAAAGGAAUCUGCAGGUGGACGCCAUUGUGACCUUGGGUGGGCUGGCGGGACGAUUUGACCAGAUGAUGGCUACUAUUGACACCCUCCAUCACGCUCUCUCUAUGACGAAACUUCCACUGUUAGUCAUCCAGGAGAGCAACCUGGCCUAUCUGCUCAGACCUGGCAAGCAUACGCUCAGGGUGAACACGGGCCUCGAGGGGGAUUGGUGCAGCCUUAUUCCAGUUGGGGGACCCUGCCAAACAACCACCACUGGACUCAAAUGGAACCUGAAUAACCAGGUUCUGCAGUUCGGGAAGCUGGUGAGCACAUCUAACACCUACGAGUCGGUUUCUCCUGGACAUCCCAGGAGGUGCGUAACAGUCAGCACGGACCCAGCCUCUGCUUUGGAGCAUGGGCAUCCUGAAGGACAACAAUAAUCCAUCACUUUUUUUCUUUUAACUUCAUAAGUGUGAUUGAAACUGAAGUUAACAGCCAACAUUGGACAAGAGACAGGGUACACAAUAUUAGAAGGCAGGAUUAUCAAAAAUCAUUUUUUAAGCCACACUAGGUUUAUUUUAAGUGAAGUGUUUAGCCUCUAGGGGCACAUAGGACAUACUGUGAAUACAAUGAAAUCAAUCAUGAUGAGGAAUUUUCAAGAGUUUAUUGGUCAGAUGAGGAAGAAAACAAACACUCAUCUUGCACCCCUAUUUUGUUGUAUUUACAAAAUGAAAGAAAUGUCAACAGAAAAUGUCACUUCUUCAGUCCCCCCAGCACAACUUCGCACAUCUGGAUCCAGAUGUUAAGGCCAUUUAACCACCACUGCAAGACAAAAUAAAAAUAAUGGCAUUACGUUGUGCACAUACAAUUGAAUAAGAAGCUUGGAUCAUGUUUGUGUUUGUCCAUGUCUUGCAAAUGUGCCAUCAUUGAUAGCUGAUAGCUUUUACAAAUUGAAAUGAUCAAGCUUUCUGAAUUGUGCAAAAAUAAAUAUUACACCUUAGUUCACUCUAGGCAAGAGGCUGAAUAAUUAGAUGUCCUUCCACUAGAUGGCAGAAGGUACAUAACAGUAUUUUAAUUUUAUUUGCUUACAUUUAACUUGAGGUGAUAUUUCUACACGGAAGACGAAAACACCAAAGUAUAACUUACACAAUGAUGUUUUGAUGGGGAUAGGAUCAGCUUAACGAAGAACCCAAUGAAACCCAUGAUAGCGAAUCCAAUCGCUGUGGCCAUUGCAAUUUUCUGGAAUUCUGGAAAGAUGAUCAGAUAUAGUCCAUGAAACCAACAAGUGGUACUCGGAGUAAAAGGACCACUCAAAGAGUGUACAAACCUUUCCUGUCGGGUUUUGUGCAUCUCUUUACCAGCCUUAUCGAGUCUUUGACAAAUUGCCGACUGGGCUCAACAAACUGCAUGACUUGAUCCAUGUUAGCUGAGACAAGAAAGCGUCACAUGAAAACAUAAAAGAACUCAAACAAUG